AAGCAUUUGCUGUGGUAUUUGUGAAGGAUACUAGCCACAGCAAGCUGCUUGGAUCAAUGUAACAAUUUGCGAUACAGAAGUAUAUUUAAGGCGACUUUCUUGUGUGUUACCUGACCAGUGGAGAAUCAAUACAACGUUUUGACGCCAAACUCCUUGCUGUUGUUUCUUUAUGUCAGCGAUCAUCUGCAACAUUUAAGGAGCGGCGGGAAACAAAUAUGCCUGGUUGUGUCUGAAGCUAACUAGGAGAGAUUUCAUAGACAUGGAACUGGAUAUUACGUGGCCUGUGGAAAUGAGCCUGGUAGACAUCACCAAGAUAUUUUCCAUGCUCCAGCCCAGAGAUGAAGAAGAUGAGAAUGGGGAAAUAGGUCAGCUGAAUCAAGCAGUCUCGAAUAACGAUGACAAACUGUUAGCUGGACUUUUAUCCCAGGAGCGGUAUGCUAGAUUUAUCAAUAGCCGGAGUGGCUGGGGUGUCCCAGGGACCCCUCUACGUUUAGCAGCCAUGGGAGGCCACCUGAAAUGUCUGGAGGUCCUCCUGGCUCAUGGUGCCAAUGUGGACAGUUUGGAUGUGAAGGCACAAACCCCAUUGUUCACUGCUGUUAGUGGCAGGCAUCUAGACUGUGUCCAGGCAUUGCUCAGGGCUGGAGCUGAUCCUAACGGCAGUCGACACAACAACAGCUCACCGAUUCUGAUCGCUGCCAGAGAAGGAGAGGUGGAGAUAUUGAAGGAACUGUUGGAGCAUGGAGCAGAAGUCAAUGUCCGUUCCAAAGCACCCGACUGGGCCUCCAAUCCCUGUGCGUGCAGUGGUCCUCUCUACAUCUCUUUGGUAUAUGGACACUUUGACUGCUUUCGCCUUCUUCUUUUGCAUGGAGCUAACCCAGAUUUUAAUUGCACCGAGGAAAAGCUGCUGUCACGAAUUAAGUCGCGCAAGACUGCACUGGAGAUGUGUUUCAGAUAUGGUAGUGGGACAGAGUAUGUGCAGCUGCUCAUAGACUUUGGAGCAAAUGUUUAUUUACCCGAUCUCCCUGCAAACAAAAAUAUACACCAAAAUGACGUAUUUAAACUUAUAAAUAGUACCAGAGCUCAACCGCGAUGUUUGAUGUCACUCGUUAGGAUAACCAUCCGCAAGCAUCUGAAGCAACAGAAUGGACUUCAUUCCAUUGACCAGCUGGAUAUCCCACCCGUCCUAAAAACCUAUGUAAAACAUCAACUCUGAGCUGGCACUCCACCAUUACUGAGUUAUGUAACAUGCCUUCUGUAGUGAUGAGAUACAUUGGGCCAAAUCCCAUCUUAGUCAUGCCCACUCUUGCAACUAUAAUGUGGUCAGAUCUCAUUUGCAAGGAAGUGAGACACAGUUAAAGCAUUUCCCUUAGAAUGGUUUUGCAAUCAGCUGGAUUAUUAUAGAUAAUAGUGAUGAUUUGUGUGUUAUAUUGCAAGGUUAAUUUUCUGCCUAUGUGCUCCGCACAGGGACCUAUGGGCACAUUAGAUGUUUUUCAUCCUUUCCCACCAAAAUGUUUUUAAUUAUCUUGAAUGCAAAUUAUUAAAUUAUUGUAUAUCAUUAUUUCUCCAAUUAUUUAAAAUUAAGUCUUUGCACACUUCAACCAUCGGUGCGUUUAAUUCACAAAACAAUUUAUUAUACAAGAAACAGCUCGUGCAUGAAUCAUCACAAUUUACGUUCUCUCAAAGCGUCACAGAUCUACAACAGCCACUCACGCAACACUGAUAGACACAAAAUGCUGGAGUAACCUAGCGUGUUGGGCAACAUCUCUACAGAAAAGAAUUAUGAUGAAGGGCCUUGACCCAAAACAUCACCUAUUCCUUUUCUCCAGAGAUGCUGCCUGAUCCGCUGAGUUUUUCGAGCAUCUUGUGUCUCUAGCACCUGCCACCAAGAUAACUCUCACACCAACCUUCAAUCAUUUGGACACCACUCCACCCACCCACCCCAUCCCCUCACCCCAAACGCUGCUAAUCACCUCCCAUAAACACAAGAACUGGAGCACGACCAGGCCCAUCAAGCCUGCCCACCAUUCAAUACGAACGAUCGUGGCUGAUCUCUGGUGGCUUCAAAUCCAUUUUGAUCUGUCAAAUAUUUAUC